ACAUAGCAUACGUACGGCUGUGCAGCUUGCAGUUUGCUGGGGCUGACUCAGUAGGCAACUUCAGGCCAUUAAAAUGGCUGAAAAUGGCACCUUGCCCUCCACGGAUACCAUGACAAAUAAAGGAAUCACAGGCACCUCUCCAAAAGAUGUCUUGGUCCAGUGGAGUGACCACACAAAGAAUGUAGUUAAAUCCAGCGAGUUACAUUUUCGUGGACUAUUACAUCAACAUCAGCGGGUGAAGAUGAGGUGGGGAAGAACUUGGUGGAGGGGCAAGGUGCUUGCCUAUGAAUCAGCAAGUCAAGAGGCAUCUGAUGAGUCUGAGACCUUCCGUGAUGUGGAUGUUACAUCUGAGCAAGAUUCCUCUGACAGUCAGGUUAUCGGAGAGCUUAGUGACAGUGACUUGGACGAGAUGGAUGACAUUCCACUUACACAGCUGCAGACACACCUGGCAUCAACUCAAAAGCCACUCCAUGAAACUGAUGGCAAUGGGAAAGUGAAUGUUACUGACUCAGAGGAGAUGGAUGACAUGUCAUUGAUGCAGUUGCAGACACACUUGGCACGUACCAAUAAAAGCAUGACAUCAUCGGAAGCUGCAGUCUGUCCACCGUCUCAGACUGCCCAAGACCUCAACGCGAACAAGACAACAACACCCACUGAACUGGCUGCCACUGCCAUCCCAAAUGCAACAACACCUACAAAGGAGGCUGGUGAACACCAGGAAAGCCAGAUGAUGAACAUAUCUGAACAGUGUUCAGAGUUUCAUUGCCUUCAGGACAUUUUUGCCGCAUGUGCUCAAUGUCAGUGCUUAUUGUGCUUUGAACAUUGA